AUGGCACGAAUUGCUGUUUUUCUGUCGUAUUACCGGCCUUGGGCCCUUUGUGCCCUUGCUUUUGCAAUCUACGUUCCAAUCAUUCGUGAUAAGAAUUAUUCUAUCCGACAUGCUCCGUUUUACAUGGGAAAGUAUUUGCUGGCGUUCUUGAGCGUUUGGGCAUUCUACCUGGUCUUUUUGUAUCAUCGGUUCUUUAGUCCCUUGAGGUACCUACCGCAGCCAAAGAGCGCGGGCUUUAUAAAUGGGCAUUGGGCAGAGUCUGUCAGUCAGCCUGCUGGACUGCCAUUCAGACAUUGGUCAAGGACGAUUGAAAACAAUGGGUUGAUCAGAUACAAGCAUCUUUUUAAUCAAGAGAGGCUCGUUGUCACCAGUCCUGAAGGUCUGAAGGAGGUUCUCGGUCAAAACAGCUAUGACUACGUCAAGCCUCAUCUCCUACGCGCAAUGGUCGGCAAAAUUCUGGGCUAUGGACUGCUGCUAUCAGAGGGAGACGUGCACAAGAUGCAAAGAAAGAACCUCAUGCCGGCAUUCAGUUUUCGUCACAUCAAGGAGUUAUAUCCCGUCUUCUGGAGCAAAGCACAGGAGCUAGUCCACGGUAUCGAAAAGGAGCUCAGAGAGGAGUCGACUUCAGAGAUCGACAUUGUCGACUGGGCGAGUCGAGCCUCUAUGGACAUUAUCGGUUCUGCAGGAAUGGGUCACGAGUUCAGGUCGCUUGCAGAUCCAAGCAUCGAAGAUACUAUGAAGAUGUACGGAUCAAUGGUCAAGCAGAGCCGUGGCGCCAAGCUCUUGACGGUUCUUCAACUGGUGCUUCCCUCCAUUAUCACGGAUUACCUGCCAUUUCAGAGAAACAUGGGCGUCUUGGCUGCUUCGAAAGCAGCGAGGGAAACCUCUCAGAGACUAAUCAACGCGAAGAAGGUACAGAUGGCAGCUAAGGAGAAACUAUCACCUGAUAUCAUAUCUACGGCGCUUGAGUCUGGUCAUUUCACCGAUGAAGGACUCGUUGAUACGAUGAUGACCUUUCUGGCUGCUGGACACGAGACCAGCGCAGCAGCGCUCACCUGGACGAUCUUCCUUCUGGCAAAGAACCAUGAUGUUCAGAAUCGUCUUCGAGAGGAGAUUCGACAAAAUGUUGAUGGUCUGACAGACGAUGUCGACGCCAAGAAACUGGAUGGCCUCUCUUAUCUCCAUGCAGUCUGCCAAGAAUCACUGAGGCUCUACGCGCCAAUCCCCUUUACCGUCCGCGAUGCUCUCAAGGACACUCAAAUCCUCGGUACCUUCGUCCCCAGAGGAACAAUGGUUAUUCUCUGUCCGUGGGCCAUCAACAGGGCCCACGAACUCUGGGGAUCUGAUGCAGACGAAUUCAACCCUGAGCGAUGGAUGGCACCUGGGCAAGCCAACUCGGGCGGUUCAAAGAACAACUACGCAUUCCUGACAUUUCUACACGGUCCUCGAGGCUGCAUUGGUCAGAAGUUCUCACUGGCUGAGCUCAUGGCUCUUACAUGCGCGUUGGUAGGGAGAUACAAGUUUGACAUAGACAAGGACUACGAGGUACGGGAUAUCACGGAUGGUAUUGUGGCUAAGCCAAGCAAGGGCUUGAAAGUCUCUUUAGAGGAAGUGCAGGGCUGGUGA